GUUGCAGCUGUUUGCUGGAAGCUACUAGCUGUAUGCUGCGGACUGUUUGCAACUUGCUGUUUCCUGUUUGCUGCUUCCUGUUCACCUGUUUUCCUGGUAUCCUGUUUCCUGUCUCCUAGUUCCUGGUUUGUGUUUUUCCUGCAUAUUUGGACAUUAAAUCAUGUUUUUCCUGCACCAAGCCUGCCAUCUCUGCAUCUCGGGACAAUGCAUCAGAUCCUGGGGUAUCCGCAAAGCAAGUGUGGGUGGACAUUUGCACGGAGAGCAGCCAGUUGUGUUUAACAAUCACUGAUAAUGGCAGUGGCAUGACACCCAACAAGUUGCACAAGAUGCUCAGUUUUGGAUUUACCGACAAAGGCUCAAGUAAGAAUCAGGCAAUCGGCAUCUACGGCAACGGUUUCAAGUCAGGCUCCACGCGUCUUGGCAGCGAUGCCCUCAUCUUCACCAAAAAUGGAGGCUGCCAAUCGGUGGGCAUGCUCUCUCAGACCUACCUGCAGAGCAUCAAGUCCCAGGCCGUGGUCGUCCCCAUCGUCCCCUUCAGCCAACACACUAGGUCGCUGGUGGUGACCGAGGACUCUGAGGCUAGCCUGGCAGCCAUCCUGCAGCAUUCCAUCAUCUCCUCCUUGGAGAACAUCCAUGCACAUUUUGACUCCAUUCACUCCAAAAAGGGCACCAAAAUAUUAAUCUAGAAUAUUCGCAGGUAAAGUACAAAGCACUCCAAGCAAAGUCCACUUUUUGGACACAAUGUUGGUGACCUCUGACAAACUGAUACAGCUGCUUUCCAUAAUGCGGUGGUGCAUGUUUUGACGAAUGUUCACCUUUUUAUGUCAGGAGGAGGAACAUUACACUACAAACUGUUCUCAUUAUUUACUAUGACUAUUGUUAGAAGUACAGGAAGCAGGAAGUACCGUAGUUCCAAAGCCUUUAGUAACCAAAUAUGCGCUUUGUAUGUUCUUCCACAGCUCUUGAUUUUUCAGUUGAAUUCUAUCAAUGAUUGGGUGUAUUGUUUUAUCUCCGUUCUGCUGCUGCUGGGGCAAACAUCAGUGUGUGAUUGGCAGUUUAGCCCGCUGCUACUUCAACAUACACACAUUGCCUUGGUAGUGGACCUCCGAUGAAGGACAUUUCCCCGCAGAGGCUAUCUCUGUUUGCUUGCUCUGGGUUCGAUGUGUUCGCAAAGCCCUUAGGGCAAACUGGAUAAGCUAGCAACUAAACUUCUGCGUAGAGGAUUAAGUGAGCAAAACAAGGAGCAUGUCUGUCUUCAUGAAUAGGUGGAAUAUAUGCUGUUUGAUCAGAACACCCACAAUACUGGUAGGGAAAAAAUGCAGAUGUAAUCAUUUAGCAUUUUCAGUGUUUUUUAUCAAGACUGCAAUUGUUCUGUGGCUGCUGUUUUGCAUCUUUAUUUAGUACGUCUGGAAAGGACAUGCAAACUGCAGUAAGAAGGGUGUGUGUCAACAUGU